CGACGGCGGCGCCACCGAAGCGGCGGCAGCAGCGGCGGCUGCGGCGGCGGCGGCGGCUGCAGCGGCGGCAGCGGCGCCGAGGCAGCAGCAGCCGCGGACGUGGCGCCGGAGGUGGAGGUGGCGCAGGGGCGCAUGCGCGGGGCGGUGGUGCCCUCGCGCCUCGGCCGCCGCAUCUACGCCUUCCGCAGCAAUCCGUACGCGCAGCCGACCGGUCGGAGCGCUGCGCUUCAUGGUUUCGAAGACUGCCUUUACCUCAACGUGUACACGCCUAAGCUGGAGCCGAACGCGAAGCUGCCGGUGCUCGUGUACAUCCACGGAGGCGGCUUCUUCGCCGGGUCGGGCGCGUCCUACUUCAACGGGCCGCAGUACCUGCUGGACCACGACCUCGUCUUCACGGAGGCGCUGCGCUGGGUGAAGCGCAACAUCGCAGCGUUCGGCGGCGACCCGGGGCUCGUCACCAUCAUGGGCCAGAGCGCCGGCGCGGCCUCCGUGCACUUUCACAUGCUGUCGCCGCUCUCCAAAGGUCUGUUCCACCGCGCCAUCUCGCAGAGCGGCUCGGCGCUGGCGUCGUGGGCGAAGACGCUGGACCCGGCGCCCAUCGCGCUGCAGCAGGCGCACUUCCUCGGCAACGCCACGCUGGCGGCCGACCUGAACGAGCGCUGGGACGAGCUCAUGCCGGAGCUCAUGGAGCUGGACACGUCGGCGCCGCCCGAAGCCGUCCCCGCGCUCUGGCGGCAAAUCUCAGACUUCUACUUCGGCAACGCGCAGCCGCACGUCUCCCUCGAGAAGCCGCAGCCGUUCAUCGACGCGUGUCGCACUGCGAUGACUGCUCUACCUGCUGUAUUGCGCCCGCCCUCUUCCCUGAGCUGCCGCCGCCAGGGCAGCCGCCGACGAGGAAGCCGUCAAGACGACUCACGGAGCUCUGGGCCAAUUUCCGCCAAAAUACGGGGC